UACACACAGUAGCUAGCAACCCCAACAAGAGUGACCCUCAUCAUCAUCAACCAAGACAUAACCCCUUCACUUGCAUUCGACCGCGGGGAAGGCAAGGGCUAAUAUUUAUGAGAGACGCAGGCAGCAGGGAACAGCACUUUCCAUCUCUCCCCCCUCUAUCUUGCACCUUGGCCUCGGCUACGUCGCAAACCUCUGCACCUGCAAGUCCAUCCGUCGUUCACUAUGACUGAGCACGCCUGGAACGUCGAGACUGAUGCCUCUGUCCAAGUCAAUGUCAACGCCGAAGAGACGCGCGGCCGCAGCGUCAGCCGUAACGAGGAGAACGGCACGCAUGGAGAUCACGCCGAGCAAGAGGUGACCGAGACAUCUGCGUUGCUUGGAUCGAAUCACGUGGAGAGCGCGAGUCGGCAUCGUCUGAACAGAAGCAGAUCGUAUAUGGAGCAGACCGAAUCAAUCGGGCGGAGCCUCCUGCGAAGCAGCGGUCGCCCCUUGAGCUUCCUGGGCGAGCGUAUCAGUCAGCAGCUGUCACCCGCCCGACCCAGCUUCCCGUCCAGCAUCAGCGCCUGGCCGCAGCCGCGACAGCGCAGUCACCGCAGUGCUUCCGCAUACGACGAGCAGACGUUCCAGGACGACCUCGUCGCACGCGAUAUUGGCAACGGUGUGCGCGUCUGGUACGAGUCGUACACCACCAUCGACUGGAUCCACGACGCCAUCAAGGAGUCUUCCCGCCUGCGCAGGCUGCGCGAAUUCAAGGGCAUCCGUGGCGCCGCGCGCAACGCGUGGGACCGCUUCCAGGGCUGGCUCGUCGUCUCCAUCAUUGGCGUCCUCACCGCCUUCAUCGCAGGCGGCGUCGUGCAGUCCGAAGCGGUCCUCUUCGACUUCAAGGAGGGCUACUGCGAGCGAGAUUGGCGCCUCGCAAAGCGCUUCUGCUGCCCGUACGCCAACCAUCCCGACUACGACAAGGGAAGCGUGGCAUUGGCUGCGGCAGGCGCACCAGGCCUGCAGACGCCUCGUUGGAGUUACAAGAGCGCAUUCGCCGGAACGCGCAUCAAUCCUUCCGGCAGCGGUAUGGCGAGCUUGAUGUCGAACGGCAUCGGCACCGGCUUUGGAGGAAGCAUGUUGGCUGGUUGGGCUGGUCCAGUCGCGGGAAGUCCGGCGUGGAAGAAAGUCGCUGUUGGCGCCGGCGCGGGUGCCGUCAAUGCCUCUCGCUCAGCUGCUACCACCAUGCUUGGCGCGCUCAGGAUAGACCCGAGCAGCGAGAAUGAAUCCUGCCCGGGAUGGGUCACCUGGUCUCACGCCUUCAAAAUAGACGGAAAGGAGGGUUGGAUCUUCGAGCACGGAAUAUACCUCGUCAUCGCCAUUUUAUGGGCCACCAUCGCCUCUCUCCUCACUAUCUAUUUGACGUCUUCUGAGUUGUACCUUGCACCCAAGUCCCCUGCCGUCGACGCGUCGAAACCCUCGACCCGGUCCGGCACGCAUGGCGCGCAAGGAGACCACGCGCGAGACGACACGGGAAACGGACAUUCUGCAGCCGCCUACAGCAUCAACGGGUACGGAGCCAUCGAUGACGCUCCUGCUCGCGACUUGGCAGAUGUCGGAAACACCACUGCACUCCCGCCAAAACUGCUGUCGCAAAUCGCACAGGAACAACGCGCCGCGGGUGCGUUGCCGCCUAGAAAGGUGCUGUACUUCGGCAGCGGCAGCGGGAUCAGCGAAAUCAAGGUCAUCCUCAGCGGCUUUGUUAUUCAUGGCUAUCUUGGGUUUUGGACUCUGUUCACCAAAGCGGUCGGCCUCACGCUCUCGGUCGCCUCUGGUCUGAGUCUGGGUAAGGAGGGUCCGUUCGUGCACAUGGCCUCUUGCGUAGGGAACAUCGUCUGCCGCAUGUUUGACAAGUUCCACAAGAACGAGGGCAAACGUCGCGAGAUGCUUUCGUGCGCCUGUGCCGCUGGUGUCGCCGUCGCAUUCGGCGCGCCCGUCGGUGGUGUCCUAUUCUCGCUCGAAGAAGUGUCGUCGUACUUCCCCGCCAAGGUCAUGUUUCGCUCCUUCUUCUGCGCCAUGGUCGCCGCAGCGACGCUAAGGGCCAUCGACCCGUUCGGCACGGGCAAGAUCGUCCUGUUCCAGGUGACAUACGACAAGGACUGGCACUCGCACGAGCUCGUCUUCUUUGUCCUCAUUGGCAUCUUUGGCGGUCUUUACGGCGCAGUCUUCACGAAGCUCAACAUGAUGUGGACCAAGAAUGUCCGUGCCAAGUCGUGGAUGGCACGCAGGCCUGUGCUCGAGAUCGUCUUGAUCACAAUCAUCACGCUGAUUGCCUCGUUUUUCAACGGGUACAUGAAGAUGGGAGGCGCAGAGCUGAUCGCGGACCUGUUCAGCGAAUGCCAUGAACACGAGUCGCUCGAUGGUCUCUGCGUCGCGACGCCGUCCCAGAUCAGGCCAUUAAUCGGUUCUCUCGCAUAUGCCAUGGUUGCCAAAGGCUUGCUGACUGUCAUUACCUUCGGCAUCAAACUCCCGGCUGGCAUCUUCAUCCCCACCCUGGCAGUCGGGGCUGCCUUCGGGCGCAUCGUCGGCCUGCUCCUGCAGUACACCCAGUGGACGCAGCCCGAUCUGCCCUUCUUUGACUUUUGCUCUUCAACCGACAGCGCGUGCAUCGUACCCGGCGUGUAUGCCAUGAUCGGCGCAGCGGCUGCCCUCUCCGGCGUCACACGCACCACCGUCUCGCUCGUCGUCAUCAUGUUCGAGCUGACCGGCACGCUGACGUACAGCAUCCCCGUCAUGCUCAGCAUUCUGAUUGCUCGCACAAUUGCCGACGCACUGGAGCACAAGGGCAUCUACGACCUCGUUAUCGACUUUAGUGGCCUCCCGUACCUUGAUGCAAAGGCGGAGUACAUCUGGUCAAACGUUUCCGUCUCCGACGCGAUGGACACCAACGUGGAGGUGAUCCGCCUCGAUCAGGACAACACCGUCAGCACGCUCGAGCGCAAGCUCGCCCGUCUUGCACUCGGUCUAGGCUACACCGACGGAGGCUUUCCCAUCGUCAUCCCCAAGGCGGGUGGCAAGCUCAAGAUGGUCGGCUACAUCGCCGCGCCGGAGCUGGAGCACGCGUUGCAAAAGUUGCACCAGGAGGCCGCGGGUCUCGACGCCGAAACGGUCGAGUGCACGUUUAACAAUCUGGCCUACCUUAACGUGCGGCAGUCUGAUGCGGUUUCGCCUGGCGGCGAGGGCGCUGAUGCUGAUGGCGAAGUGGGACGUAUGCGUGAUUCGAUGGUGUUCUCUCCGACCUUUGUUCAGGAUCCGAACGACUUGAGCAGGUUCGUUGACAAGGCGCCGAUAUCGGUGCAGACACAUUCGCCGCUCGAAUUAGUGCAUCAGUACUUUACCAAACUCGGCGUCAGGUACCUCGUUGUCAAUGAUGACCAGGGCAGCUACAAGGGUGUCAUUUUCAAGAAGCGCUAUCUCAAGUUCUUGGAGGAAGUACAGGCCCAAGCUCACUGAUUUACGCAGCAGCAGCUCCGUAGCCACAUGUACGAUAUCCAUGCAUACCACAUAUCGAGUCCGAGCGAGCCCAUUGUUAAGGUCAAACAUUGUACCAUAUCAUCUAAGCGUUAUCGCGGGCAAGCGGUAAAUUCAAGCUCGGCCGAAG